AUAUGGAUUGAGAUAAAUUUCAAGAAUGACGUAACAACACAGAGCACUCCAAAGGGUGAAUCCCAUAUGGCAAAUCGACAUGAAACAGUUCUACCAUUCCUGAUAUUUAUGUCAAUGAUUCAUUUUUCACACUCUGACACGUUAACAUGUACAUCAUCUGUGACGACCAUAAGUUUGAAUCCUUCCACUGAUCCGAUAAAAACCUACAAAUAUCCUGCAACUGGUUUGUAUCCAACAACAACGACAUGUAAAUGGUUAUUUCAGUCCACUGAUGCCAGUUCCAGGAUUACAUUUGAAGUCACCGGUGUUUAUGUGGAUUGUGGAGACACAUUAAAGUUUUAUGACGGAACAUCGUCAAGUGCUACCGCCAUUGGAGGCUCUGUGUGUUGUUCUUCGUCUCCCAGUUGUGGUUCCAGUAAACCCCCAGUAACAACCACCGGGAGUAACCUCUUUCUGCAGCUUGAUUCAGACGGAACAGCCAAUUCUUACGAAUUAGGGUUUACAGUUACUGUUGUCGUUGGAAAAGAUGAAUCCAAUUGUUCGGCUUCUAGAACAUUUAACAUUAAUCUUGCUUCAUCACUGACCUUGACCUCACCAGAAUUCCCCAACAAUUACCCCGUAAGCCGUACCUGUACAUACACAUACACAUAUUCAAGCGGAAAUGUUCAGUUUGAGUUCAUUUAUUUGAAAGUGGAGCUGGACAGUGGACGCUGCUUUGAUUUUGUAGAAAUCUAUAAUGGGUCCUCCACUAGUUCCCCUCUUAUUGCCCAAGUGUGUGGAGAUUCUGUCCCGGCACAGAAUACCUAUACGUCUUCUGGAACAUCUUUGACAAUCAAGUUCAGCAGUGACGUCCAGGUGACGAAGAAAGGGUUUCUGGCUCGUGUGACACCCAUCGAUCAAAAUGCGAUUUCCAGCACUGCUACGACAGGAAGCAGCUCCAUUGCUUACUUAACAACAAGUACUACUAACGCAGUCACGACUGACACAAAUGAACCCUCCACUUUUAGUGAUUCAAGCACUACAUCGGAAACUAGUACGCAACAACAAUAUGAAACAACAACUUAUGUCGAGAAAGAAACAAGUCAACAUUAUGAUGAUACCACCACGUAUGUUAACACAGACAAACCAUCUUCACAUAUUGAUGACACCACCACGGAUAUAUACGAAGAAACAACUACUGAGGUAGAGGUUAAGACGACCUUGAGUCUCCAGACAGAGUCAACUACUAAUAUUAUAACUCUACAGUCAACUACAAUCAAAGAAGACACAACAGAGAGGGUAACAUCACAAACAACAGCAGUCGUAGAAGAAACAACAGAGAGGGUGACAUCACAAACAACAUCUGUAGUAGACACAACAAAACAAGAUGUUUCGCAAAGAUUAUUCGCAGUAAGAGGCAAUAACAGUCCGUCUGUAGCUGACAGUAAUGGUACUAAUGGUGGAGUCAUCGCAGCAGGCGUCAUAGUGGCAUUGGUUGCAAUUGCCUUAUUUGUGGCGGGAGGUUUCAUAUUCUUUAAAAAGAAACAAAGUCGGUCCAUUAAUUUUUAUGACGAAAAAAAGGAUGAGGAGAAACGAGAAAAAAUUCCGGACGGAGAAAAUCAAACGAGCAUUCAGCUAUCACUUCCCCCUGCUGGAACUAAAUGUGUCACGUGAUCAAUAUUCUCCAUAGUAUGGGUUUUCUUUAAAUAUCUAUUUUAAAUAUUUUUUAUAUAUUUUAAAAAUAUUUUUGUUUUUUAAGGAAUAUGAACAAAUUUUUUCUACUUUCUAUUCAUUGGAUAUAAAAAUCAUCAAUGUUUAACAUUAUUUUAAUAUGUUUUAGAUAUAUAUGCAUAACUAAGUUUUAAGGACAUCUUAUGAGUAACAGAUAACUUGAAUGAAAGAACGUUAUGUGUUAAUCGUAUUUCUGCUAUAUAGCAUCAGAUUAUAAUCCAUGUCUGAUAAUAAAUACAUUCAAAAUACUACCGAUCUAAGUGAUGAUUUUUAAAAUGAAAUUCAUGUUUAUUUCUUUAAUAGAGACUUAUGAUUUUCAGGAAAUAGACUAGAUACAAUAAAAGUGAUUAUUCAUGAUCAUUUAUAUAUAGACCUUUAAAACAUUUCUACUUGAUGAAAUUACGAAUGAAUAACAUCCAGAAAACUCAAUAUCACUGUAAAUGUUCUCAAUGACGGCAAAUAUCAAUUUUGUGUACACAUUUUUUGUGAUAAUAUCAAGUCUGAAAGUUUCCAUUACAUGUUUAAGCUGUACUUUCUUUCAUAUGUCUUGCAUGAAAUUCAAUACAGAACCCAAUAAAAUCGUUAAAAAGUC